UGCUUAAUGUACCUUUUAAACAUGAUAUGCAUAAUCAAUAGCGUUCCACACAUCAGUUUAUUUUUAAAGCGCUUUUUGUUCUGAAACUGAAUGUGAAUGUUUAAAGCGUUUGAUCUUUGAGACAAAACCCCUGCCGUAUAUUUCAAUCAAUUAUUUGCACUUACUGCAUUUACAGCAUUUUCAAUAAUUAACAACAUCUAACAAUGGUGUAUGAAAAAGCCAUGCUCUAAUAAACAGACGACAAAUUCCAAACACAUAACGGCGACGGGUAAUGAAUAGUUGUAAUUUGAUGUUCUGUUAUGAUAUUAUAUUCUUUUGUUGCUUUUCAUUGAUUGGGUUGGAAUUGCUGUAGACUUCUUGUUUUACAGUGGCGGAUCUAUUAAUGAAAUUGACUGUGCUAUUUGCUAUGGACAGUGAAGUGUUUAUAAGCAGAAUUCAGAUUUAUUUUAUGUAAGAAAGGAAUUAAAACUGUUUACACAUCUGUCGGAUCAUUUGGUAGAGACGUUCAGAAAAGAAAUGCAGGUCAAAAGAUGUUUGCAUCAUUGGCCUACACGAGUGUUUUGUAUAUCUAUAUUGAUUUUACAAUCUGCGUCCUUGAACUGGUACAUGAUGACUGGGUUAUCAUAUGUCUGGGCGGCAAUUUACGCGCUCGAUGUUGCUGUAAUUGUUGUCUUUGUAAUAACAUUUCUCAUCUCUUCAAGAAAUAUACGCGUAGAGAAACAUACUAAAGAUUUGGACAUUUCUCAUUUACGAUAUUUGCCGUUUGUAUACAUGUCUUGGUUCGUGUAUACUGUCGUACUCGGUGUCAAAGUUGUUGCUAUAUUCAGCACAGACGCAAAAGAACUUCAUGAAACAGACUUCUUUGGACAAAAUACUUUAAAAGCAAGUAUAGCAUUGGCGGCGGUUGUUUUCUUAACUUUUUUACCAACACUUAACGAUGUUCAGCAUGGACCAAGGAAAGAUCUGAUUGUUGCUCUUACAUCUACUGUAACAGUUGAUAUUCUAGACGGAGUUGAUAAUCUUGAAAUUCUAUUCGAUGUUGGGUUGAUUGACACGUUCCCGCAAGGACUUGAUUAUGUUAUUAUUAUUGAAAGCUGCAUCACCUUCAUGUUACCCAUAGUUCCACUGUUCAUUCUUGCACGAUACAGAUUCGGACUUAAAGCGCCAUCUAUGAAAUAUUUAGCCUUGUUUCGGUUUGCGAUCGUAUAUUUGGUCAAUUUUCCACUUUUAGUUUUAAGGUUAUACAUAUGGCACGGUCUAUCACGGGGUAUAUCCGUGUUUUUGUUAAAGAAUAUGAUGGCGAUGGGUGUUGUCACAUUUGAAUUGUUUGAAAAACUUCUGUGCCAGAGGAAAAAGCCGGGAAACAGGGAGACUAGUACAGCUGUUCCGGAUGCUGACAAUUUACAGGACAUCAUUUGAGUCCGGUCUUAUGUGUACAAUUCUAGAUAUUAAAUAUGAAACCAUUUAAAAUUGUCUGUAUCGCAAUUUUUUUUAUAAAAAAAAGUUAACUGUAUCAUUGAUUUUUGGACAGAAUGUAUACGUAAUGUCACAGGAGCUUGAAAUUCCAUCAGUAAUCGCUCUAAAGUCCGAUUUUUAAAAAAAAAAUCCAUAAAGUACCUAUAUAAAACAACAUUUUUUUAUAUACAUGUAUAGGUAUGGAUUUUUUAAUCGGACUUUAAAUAGAGCGAUUAUUGAUAGAAUUUCAAGCUCCUGUGGUAAUGUUUCUUGCUUAAUAUGAUAAAUAAAUAAAUAAAAUCAUUUUGACUUUGCACAAAUGUAUUCAGGACAGCAUUUAUAUUUUGUACACCGUUGACUGAGGGCUAUUAAAGAUCCUGUAUGUUGUAAUUGAGGUUGUAUACCACACUUAAAUGAAAUUAUAUAUAUGUAUGUAUAUAAUUAUGCUUAUAAAACAAUUUUCAAACAUCGAAGAAUAUGUAAAAUAUGUACUGCAAAUAUUUGUACAUAUUAUAUGUAAUCAUUAAAAUAUAUGCAUUCAUUUCUUAUUGAAAAAAUUGACUUAGACUUUAUAGAAAAUAAUUUUUUUAUUACCUCCCUUUAUUUACAUGAAAUGUUAAAUUCGGUAAUAUCUUUAUAAAUAAUGCUUUUUGGAACUUACAAAAUUGAUAAAUCUUAAUUUGAGCAUCAUAUUUAUGAUAUAAAACCAUAA